AAAGUUCUCCAACUUUAGGGAAAAACUGCACCGUCCUCCCGGGUCUUCCAGGGGUGUUUUUUUCUCCACCCUGCUCUACUUUUUUAUCAUGCACAGCAGCGGCCACGUCAGUCAUGUGCUCCUCUCUCUUCUCUGCAUCGGAUUGAGUGCCCAGUCCGAGCAGGAGACGGAUGAAGUGGUUCCCAGGCUGCUGUCCGGUCAGGAGACACACCUGUCCUCCGACCACUCUUUACGCGCGCUGCGGCGCCGCGGACAGCGCUCCCUAAAUGCCACCGCGACGGGGGGAGGAGGAGGACACUCCGACCCGGACAACAUAGUGUUGUCAGUACCCGCCUUCGGAAGGACCCUGUAUUUAAACCUGACGUGGGACAGCGCGUUCGUCUCCCCGGACUUCGUGGUGGAGGAGAGGCGGCACCGCGGCGGGGAGCAGCGCGCCGCAGUGAGCCUCCUGUCCAAGAAGCAGCUCUGCUUCUACUCCGGCUACGUCAUCAACCACACGGGUUCCGCGGCGUCGCUGAGCACGUGCGGCGGCCUGACUGGGCUCAUACAGAUCGGGGAGGACAGUCUAUUCAUUCAGCCGGUGGGUGAAAAUGGCCCCUCCCAGUCGUUCUCGGGACUAAAACACCGGCUGCAGCGACGCUGUGCCAAGACCAGCUCUGCUCCGGAUGCAGACUGCGGGACUGUACGAGGGAAGAAGGAGGAGAAGAUGUCAAAAGUUGGGAAGGAAGGGCGCAGGAAGAGAAACGUCAUUCGCCUGCAUGAAGCAUACACUGUGGAGACCGUGGUGGUGGCAGACUCCAACAUGGUGCAGUACCACGGUGCUGAGGCGGCACAGAGGUUCUUGCUGACAGUCAUGAACAUGGUCUACAACAUGUUCCACCACCAGAGUCUGGGAGUCAGGAUCAACAUUCGUGUCACCAAACUAGUGUUGCUUCACAACCGCCCAGAAAAGCUAAAGGUGGGCCAUCAUGGAGAAAGGUCUCUGGAGAGCUUCUGUCAUUGGCAGUAUCAACAGUUUGGGAGGCUGCGCUACCUUGGGACCAACCAUGUCCCUGCUGGACGGGAAGAUAUCCCACCGGUGGACACCGCUGUGCUGGUCACCAGGACAGAUUUCUGUGUUCAUAAAGAUGAACCCUGUGAUACUGUUGGAAUUGCUUAUCUGGGGGGUGUCUGCAGUGCCAGAAGGAAGUGUGUGUUAGCAGAGGACAAUGGACUCAAUUUGGCCUUCACCAUUGCUCACGAGUUGGGACACAACAUGGGUAUGAGCCAUGAUGACGACCAUGCCACCUGCACUGGUCACUCCCACAUCAUGUCUGGUGAAUGGGUCAAAGGAAGAAACCCCAGUGACUUGUCCUGGUCCUCCUGCAGCCGAACCGACCUGGAGAACUUCCUCAGGUCCAAAUCCAGUGCCUGCCUACUGCACACAGACCCAAGGAGCCGCUACCAGAUCCACCUUCCUCCCAAGCUGCCAGGCAUGCACUACAGUGUGGAUGAACAGUGCCAGAUCCUGUUUGGAACCAAUGCCAGUUUUUGCAGUGAUAUGGAGCACCUGAUGUGCGCUGGCCUGUGGUGUUUAGUGGAGGGAGAUUCAGCCUGCAAGACCAAACUGGAUCCUCCUCUGGAUGGAACUGAGUGUGGCGUAGAUAAAUGGUGCAGGGCAAGCGAAUGUGUGAGUAAGACUCCCAUCCCUCAGCAUGUGGACGGUGACUGGAGUACAUGGAGCCACUGGAGCAUGUGCAGCAGGACCUGUGGUACUGGAGUCCAUUUCAGACAGAGGAAAUGUGACAACCCUCCUCCUGGUCCUGGUGGGCGACACUGUCAGAAGCCCAACGUGGAGCACAAGGCCUGUGAACGUCCUCCCUGUCCCAAGGGGUCAACCAGUUUCAGAGACCUGCAGUGUCUGUCCUACGACCGACACGCCAGCAAGAAGAAGAUCAGCUUGCUGACUGCUAUUAUUAAUGAUGAGAAGCCGUGUGUGUUAUUUUGCAGUCCAGUGGGUCGAGACGUCCCGGUCCUGAUGGCUGACAGAGUGAUGGAUGGGACGCCCUGUGGACCAUAUGAGGCGGACCUGUGUGUCAACGGAAGGUGUCAGAAAAUUGGCUGUGAUGGCAUCAUCGGCUCUUCCUCCAAAGAGGACCGCUGUGGUGUUUGUAAUGGAGAUGGACGCUCCUGUAAGAUAGUGAGAGGAGACUUUAACCACACCAAAGGAAUGGGCUACAUCGAAGCUGUGGUUAUUCCUGCAGGUGCCAGGAGGAUCAAAGUUGUGGAGGACAAACCCUUACACAGCUUUCUAGCUCUGAAAGACUCCAGCAAGAGGUCCAUCAACAGCGACUGGAAGAUCGAGCUUCCGGGAGAGUUUGAGCUGGCCGGAACUACGGUACGCUAUGUUAGAAGGGGACUCUGGGAGAAGAUGUCUGCCAAGGGACCCACGAAGACACCCUUACAACUGAUGGUGCUGCUCUUUCAUGACCAGAGCUAUGAGAUCCACUAUGAGUACACACUGUCUCUAAAUACAACGCAGGACAGUGACGAGCACCUCUACAUCUGGACACACAGCAGCUGGCAAGACUGUACUGUCAAAUGUGGAGGAGGUGAGAGGAGGACAUUGGUUUCCUGUACGAGAAUAGCCAAUAAAACAAUGGAGGUGGACAACGAUAGCUAUUGUAAUCCUGAGAACCGACCACUUCCCCAAGUACGACUCUGCAACUCGCACCCCUGCCAGUACCGGUGGUUGACGGGAGAGUGGGGAUCCUGCCCCGUCACAUGUGGCAAAGGCCUUCAGCACAGGAAGGUGGUUUGUGUUUACCACCUACAGAAUGGCUCACUCAUCCACACCAGGGACCUGUAUUGCCAAGAUGGAAAACCUCCGGUCGUGCAGGGCUGUGAGGGCCACCUCUGCCUCCCUGUGUGGGAGGCUUCAGAGUGGUCCAAGUGUUCAUCAGACUGUGGUCAAGGUGUUCACAAACGGACGGUGUUGUGUUCAAACCCUCUGGGUGUAUGUGAUCCUCUUUCCCAGCCCAUUCAAGAGCAGCCCUGUGAGGACCAUUCCAAAUGUUACGAAUGGAAGACUGGAGACUGGUCCAAGUGCUCGUCAUCCUGUGGGAAGGGCCUGCAGUCGCGAGUGGUCCAGUGUAUGCACAAACUGACUGGUCGGCAUGGUGAUGACUGCCCAGUGACGCUUAGACCACCCACCUACCGACCCUGUCACCAUGGUACCUGCAAUGACAAAAUCAAUGUGAACACCAUCACCUCCCCCAGGCUAGCUGCUCUGACCUACAAAUGCAUGCGGGACCAGUGGACAGUGUACUGUCGUGUGAUCCGUGAGAAGAACCUCUGUCAGGACAUGAGGUGGUACCAGCGCUGCUGUGAAACCUGUAGGGACUUUUAUGCCAAGAAAAUGCUGAACAUGAGCUAAUGACCAAAUGCACCCAUUAUUCCUAACGUUCCUUUUUGUAAAUGUUUUUAGAUUUUGUUAGAUAUUAAGUAAAAACUUGAUGGAACUUUUUGUAUUUUAAAAAGGAACAUGGCAAGUACAGACAAAUGUAUAUUAGAAAUGUUACUAUACCCUACUAGAUUUGAUGAAGACUUCUGCUGUACACAGAAAGAAAAUGAAAAGAAAUAUGGGGCCUUUAAUAUGCCAAUCUAGACAGUUUAAUCGCACAUAAUGAUUGAAUGAGUGUUUGACUAUGAGGUAGGCUGUGACAGGUCUAUCAGAUAACAUUAGAAUAUGAGUUAGCCAGAGCUUUCCCCUCUUUCUCGGUGAUGCUCUCCACUGUAUCUUUUACUCUGUUGUUCUGAAUUAUAGCUUAUUGUUGCAAUUUAAAAUAACAAGUAAAUAGCUUUAUAUAAGUUAUAUUAUUAUACUUAAGUAUAACAGUUUUUUUAACGCUUUCUAUUGUUUUUUGAAACAUUCUUAACAUUAUCUAAACUGUAAGUGCAACUGCCAAAAAUGUUUCAUGAGACAUCACAAUUAUAUUGCAUGUCUGCAAAAGGUAGGUAAACAAAUCAGGGCUAUACACACUUUAAUAGAGUAAAUUUAUUUCUACCCAUGUCACAGAUAUUUAUGGAAUAUAAAUAACAAUAAAAAUGUUGAUAAUUGAAUGGAUAC